GCCCUGGGCUCCCCAGGCUGCUCAGUCCAGCUCCUCAGCGCUCACUGUUUGCUCAGCUGAACGCUCAGCCGCAGGAACCAUGAAGCUGGCCCUGUCUCUGCUGCUGGUCACUCUGGCCCUUUGUUGCUCUGACGCAAAUGCCAAAGUCUGUCCAGCCCUUCAAAACGAAGUGAGAGGCUUCGUGUUGGACAUUAAACCGCUCUUUUAUCGCAUCCUCAAGACGUUUCCGGCACCUGAACCCGCCUAUGCGUCCACGAUGGCUGUGAAGGAUUGUGUAAAUCGGAUGGCCUUUAGCGACAGACACAAAAUUUAUGACGUUGUGACGGCUAUCGCGAAAAAGUGCAACAAAUAGAUUCAACAAACCUCACCUACGAGGACCCCUGCUUUCAAUGAUGCCCUGAUCUUCCCUGGAAAAUGUAGAGGUUUCAACGUCUUGCUUCAAUAAAUCACUUGCCCUGCA